AUGUCCACCAAAGACUACACGAACGGCCAAGACAUCGAGCACAUCAGCAAGAGAUCCACUCACGAGGAUGGCCCUUUGAAGGUUCUCGAGGUUGAUACCUUUCAUGUCGUUGGCUUGGACCCUCAAGAUGCCGAAUUUUACGCCCAAUUUCCAGAAGCUAGGCGGAAGAAGCUGCUUCGUAAGGUGGAUACGCGACUCGUCCCGAUGUUGGCACUUCUCUAUCUGAUAAGCCAAAUUGAUCGAGCCAACAUUGGUAAUGCCAAGAUAGAGGGUAUGGUGAAAGAUCUACGCAUGACAGAUGUGCAGUAUAAUACCGUGCUCUCCAUCUUUUUCCUCCCAUAUGUUUUGUUUGAAAUACCUAGCAACAUUCUACUCAAAAAGUUUCGACGGCCUUCUACAUACCUCGGAAUUCUCGUCACUAGCUGGGGUAUUGUUAUGACAUGUACCGGCGUAGUCCAAAACUUUGGUGGACUUAUGACUACACGAGUAUUGCUUGGUAUUUUCGAGGCUGGGUUCUUCCCCGGAGCUAUUUAUUUGUGUUCUUACUGGUAUAUGCCCAAGGACUUGGCACUUCGCAUUUCCUACUUUUAUUGUGCCAGUGCAUUGUCUGGCGCCUUUUCUGGCCUGUUAGCCGCCGCUAUUGCCCAAAUGGAUGGUGUUGGUGGACUCGAAGGAUGGCGUUGGAUAUUUGUCUUGGAGGGCCUGGCAAGCGUUGUUGCAGGUGUUGCAUGUUUCUUGCUGCUCAUUGACACGCCGUCAUUAUCUCAACGGUGGCUUGAUGAAGACGAGAUUCGGUACCUGGAACUUUCCAUGGCUAUAAAACAGGGAGGACUGUCAGAGGAACUGGAGUCUACCUUUAAGUGGAAAGACCUUAAGAUUGUGCUCCAAAACUGGAGAAUUUACAUACAGGCAUACUUCCUGCUCUGCCAGUCGGCUCUUUCCUAUGGUACCAAGUUUACGCUUCCAACGAUUACCAAAGCCAUGGGGUUCAACAAUACAGAUGCCCAACUCACUUCCGCGCCGCCUUAUGUAGCCGGUGCCAUAUCAGCUAUCAUAUUUGCCCGAUUAUCUGAUAAGUUCUACUGGAGAAUGCCGUUUGUGUUUAUACCACUGCUUAUUGUUACGGUAGCCUAUUCCAUCAUAUUAUCGUUAGAUGGAGCGCUUGCGGAGAAACGGGGGGUAGCCUACUUUGGCAUUGUUCUAUCUGUGAUCGGAAUAUAUCCUAUUCAGGCCGCUGCAGCUUCCUGGAACGCCAACAAUAUUGCUCCUGCAUCACGAAGAGCCAUUGGAAUUGCACUCAUGAACUGCGUUGGCAACAUUGGCGGCAUUCUGGGUAGCUUCAUGUAUAUUGACAGAGAGAAGCCGAAAUAUCACACAGGCUUUGGCCUGAGUUUGGCGCUGGGCGGAUUUGGAUUGAUCGUUGCGCUUGUGCUUGAAGCGAGUUACAAGGUGGGUAACAAGAACAAGGCCAAGAUUGCGGAUGAAGCAAGAAGCAAGUACACGGAACAGGAGCUACUGGACAUGGGGGACAAGUCACCACUCUUUAAGUAUGUUCUGUAA